AUGGAGAAGGAGAAAACAAUUGCUCAAGCAAAAUCUUCAAUAUCCCAAGAUAUUUUGUAUGAGAUAUUUUCUCGUCUUCCUGAUAAGUCUUUUACACGUUUUAAAUGUGUUUCGAAAUUUUGUAACUCUCUUGUAUCAUUCAAAGUCCUUGCAUGGACAUAUCCUCAAAAAAAGUUUUACACCAUAAAGCAAAAAUCUAUGAUUUCAAACGAAUCCAAUUUAAUCAGGCCUGAGGAGAGAAUCGAUGAAAAAGGCUCCGCUCAUCUUAUUAAGGAAUUAAAUAGCUUCCCUUAUCACAAAAUUGACUAUAUGGAAGGUUUGUUCUGCUUAUGGAAUUCAAGUCAGUCGUUGCCUCCUAUUAUUUUCAAUCCCAGUACAAGAAAAGUAACAUAUCUUCCGAGUCAAAAUCUUGUGGAGGAUGAAAUCCAUGAGUAUCAUAUUAUAUUGGGUUAUGAUCCCGAAAAAAAGAUGCAUAAAAUUCUAUUGAUGACAUAUCCUCAUAACUAUUUAAUGUCAUCAUCAAGAUAUUGGAUUUUCACUUUAGGAACAAGUGAAUCGUGGCGGGAAAUAAAACUAACCAAUUUAUUUGUGACACCACCCUUGAGAGGAAUUUGUAUCGAUGGAGUUAUUUAUUUUUUUGUUUACCACAAUAGAGAAAGAUAUUUUAAGAUGGCAGCGAUUAAUUUGAGAGCGGAGAAUUUCAGAAUUAUCUCGUUGUGGAAUAACUAUGGACGCUAUUAUGUCGUAGACAUGUUUGAUUAUAUUCACUUAAUAGAAGUGAAGGGAAAACUAGCCAUGGUUGAUGUUAAAGAAGGAAAAACGAGAGAGAUAAUUUUGAGGAUUUUACAAAAUUCUGAAACUGAAGAAUGGAUGGAUCAUAUUAUUGUCUUUCCUCAACUAUUAAGUCGAGAUAUAGCAAAAGAGAAAAUAUAUUAUUUGAGGAAUUACGUUUAUAGUAAUACUCUUAAUGGUGAGAUCGUAUUAAUGAACUCCUUGAUCAAGCCAAAUUGGAUAUUCUUUUAUAAUUUUAAGAAGAAUAGUUGGAGAGAAAUUGAAGUUUUGGGGUUUGAAGAAAAGGUAAAUAUUUUUGGUAUAUGUAGUUAUAUUAUAUAG